AUGCAGCCACCGCAUGAUCGGAGGUUGAAACCGUUGCCGGCGGCGGCUGGCGAGAGUAACCAACAGCAGUUACCUCAAAAGUGUCCUCGUUGUGACUCGGUGAACACAAAGUUUUGUUACUACAACAAUUAUAGCCUCUCUCAACCUCGUUAUUUCUGCAAGGGUUGCAGGAGGUACUGGACUCAAGGUGGAACCCUGAAGAACGUGCCCGUUGGCGGGUGGUUGCCGGAAAGGAAACGCUCGAAGGUCCCUUCUUCCGGUGAAAAUUCAGGUUCGUUUCAGCCGCAGAUUCAAGUACAAACACCACAACAAGAAGCUCAAAAACAAACUGUUGUCUCUUCUUCAGGGGAUCAUUGA